GGCUUCUUCAAGCCCCCUCAACUCGAUGGCUCUGCUGCUCUGGAUCAAAAGCCCCCAAGCCAGGAAACGAUAGACGACAACGAGACGCGCCAAGGGUCAGAGCAAAACGAAGCGGAUAUAGAGGUUGAGACUGACAUGUGGCUGGGCCUCGACGACCAGCCGACCGACGGAGGGCCUCCCCGAGUGCUCACCUGGGACUCGUUUCUUCAAGAGACGACGCGCCCGGACAGCCAUACUCCCCUGUUGCUCACCGAAGCUGGCCCAGCCGUUUACGACGCCCUUCUCAGGCUGGACCGCGAUCCGCUCAGGUUGAAAAACACCGACGUACCUGUCAUCGAGGCUGGGGCCUAUUUCUCUUCGCUGUUGGCUCUGGCCCUCGGACAGGAGUCUAUGCUGUUCCUCAGGACCGGCAAUGACAGCCACUUCCCCUUCAGACCUGCCCUGCCAAGUAUGAGGAUAUCCGGGUAUUCUUCCAACGUGCUGCAGGGCCUGGAGAAGCAUUGCCUCAUGUGUGGGACCCGUCUCCUAGAGCUCCAGGCCUUUGUUCGGCAGACGUACGCCAGGCAGCGGAGUCGCUGUGCCGUUGCCUUGGCCAGCGCGCUGGACCGGGUCAUCCAGGCGACACGGGAACAUGUCGUCUUGCGCAGGCAGAGGCCCAGUUCGCUGCUGCAGCUGCAGGCGACCGUCAAGGACAUAUCGGCCGUACUGUCGCCGUUCCACGGCCUCACGUCCCGGCUCCAGCGGAACCACUCAGACGAGAACGUCAUGUCUCUUGUAUUCGACUAUGCUUCGUCCCUGGAAAAUAAUGAGGAGUGGCUGCGCGAGGUAAUGCACGAGGUACUGCGCCGCGUGUCACAGCCGUGGACGGAAUCUGUUGAGGAGUGGAUCGGCACCAGGAGGGAACAAGGGGUUCCGCUCGAUAAGUCCAACGUCGGUGAAAGCAAGUCCUUUAUCAAGGUCGAGGCCGAGGUCUACGUGGAUGACUUUGGAGAGCAGGUCGAGGAUAUCGACUUCCGGCUCGACGAGAGCAAGAUGCCGCAUUUCAUGCCGGAUGACAUUGCCCAGACUGUCUUCGAGACUGGCCGCAGUCUACGAUUCAUUCGGACAAGCCACCCAGAGCAUCCGCUCGCAAGGCCGGACCUCAUCGAUAUGACGAAGCCACCCACUGCCGACUGGCUGUACAGCUGGGACACUAUACUGCGUCUCGAGAAGGAGGCCAGUGCCUAUCGCGAUAGACUUCUUGAUUUCAUCGACAGCUAUCGUCCCACCUCAGCCGGCCCGGCUACCUCUGGCAAGGGGACGAAUACAACAGGCACGGUGGCACAGCCUGACGGGCCAAGCCUUGGGAUAUUCUCAAUGGAUGAGAACGCCAUGGAAAAACAUAUUCUGCAAUCGAUUCAGCAACUUAACAAACCGGGUCCUGAAGCCAAGAGUGAGGAUGUCUUAGCUCAUAUCAUCCGCCGACGGCUUGCAGGAGACAUCCACCUUGGACAGAGUGGACUGGGCUCUAGGCCUCAUUGGUCACUGCUACCAGUCCUGUCCUUUGGCAGCAUCGUGACAGCCCAGGCGCACGUGGUCAACCGGGAGACCCUACGGCAGCUCUUCAGGAGCCACGACUUGCGGGCACACCUCAGGUUGCAGCGCGACUUUCAGUUGUUCGGUAACGGCUUGUUCGUCAGCCGCCUAUCCCACGCCCUGUUCGAUCCGGACUUGGAAAGGGCCGACAGACAGACAGGUGUCGCGCGGCAAGGAGGCGUCAUGGGUCUCCGGCUCGGCACUCGUGAUACCUGGCCGCCGGCCAGCUCAGAGCUCCGGCUCGCUCUCAUGGGAGUACUGGGAGAGAGCUACGAGGCUGCACAGACCCGGCCCAGCACUUCUGCCUCUUCUGCCGGAUGUCACUCUCGAGACACCGCGGAUCUUCCCGGCGAUCUGAGCUUUGCGGUGCGCGACAUGUCGGAGGAGGAGAUUGAAAAGUGCAUGAAUGCCGCGUCACUACAGGCAUUGGACUUCUUGCGCCUCAGCUACAAGACGCCGCCAGAGUUGGCGUCGGUGCUACCGCCUGUGAUCCUGAUGCAGCACGACCGCGUCUUCAAGCUACUCCUGCGGAUCCUGCGUAUGAUCUACGUGGUCAACCAUCUGUGGGGGGACGUGGUGCGCCGAGGCGACGAUGGAGACGAGCUGCCGUCAUACCGGUUCGUCCGCGAGGCCCGUCACUUUGUGACAAAUGUCGCGUCGUACUUCCUGGACGUCGGCAUCGCCCUCCCCUGGAACGCGUUUGAGGAGAAGCUGGACACCAUCGAGGCCUCGCUAGACGUACGCAUGGCCGAGAGUCCCUCAAGCCCCGAGGCCGUACGCCAGCUCCACUCUGACGCCCUGCAGACAAUCAUGUCGACUUUGUUCCUGAGGAAACGGCAGCAGCCUGUCUUAGCCCUGCUCGAGGACGUCUUUUCCACCAUUCUCGACUUUGCCAGGGUCACCCGGCUGCAGAGGGUGGGCAAGGCUACCACGGAAGAUGAGAAAGAUCUGGAUCCCGCUCGGAUAUACCCGAGGUUCAAGAAGAAGGUCCAGGUUUUCAUCACUGUUUGCCGAGGACUGAUGGAGAAGGGCAGUGGCGUGGGGGGCAAUAAGGGUGGUGGCAUGGGUGACGAGAGUGUCGUCGCGCAACUGUUGAUGAAGAUCGAUGCCAAUGGGUACUAUACCAAGCAGAUUGAUCACAAUUUCAGCAAGUCACACCGCAUCGUGACGUCGAGUAUCUUGCCAGUCGUUGAGCAGUACGGGGAGCACUCCCGAGCCAUCUGGGAAGCUUCCAAGUUCUGGAAGCAAUUCUUCGAAGCGUCGGCCAACGUGUCCCUCUCGGGCUACGAGGAGGGGAAUAAUGAAGGCGAGACAACAGUAGGAGCCGGGGAUGAGAGCACAGCUAUGCGUGACGACGACGACGACGACGACGACAACGACGACAACGACGGAGACAACGAGACAGGCGUGCACCGGACGCCGGGGGCGCGGUCCGAGGUGGCGGAUCGGUCCGGGGCAGCCCACGACGACGAGUCGAUGCUAGAUGAGGCCGACAUUGCAGGCAGCACGCCACGUCACCCGACAGGCACGGCGGCGGCGACAGCGGCUGACCUCGACACCCCCUAUGAGACGAUGAAGAAGGAGAUGCGCGACGAGGACAAGGACGGCAUGCCAGUCCCGCAGGAUGAUGAUUACGACGACAACGAUGACGAGCAAGACUCGACGAUCCUCAUGGCCCAGCGCACCGCCCAGCUCCCGGACAUGUCGAUGACGCCUCGCGUUGGAGGCGGAGCAGGAGGGACCACUACGCUGAAGCAGUCCGUGCAUCGGAGCGGCAAUAAAGACCCCCUCCUGCACCGCGUGCUGGACAAGAACUACCGCAUACAGGCCACGCCGCACAAGUCGGCCUCGGCCUCGGCCGCGACGCGAUCGCCCCUCAAGGGGAAGCAGGUCGCCAACAGGACGCCCGAGGCGGCAGCGUCGUGGAGACGUCACAUUGACGACUCUCCCAUGUCCUCGCCCGAAAUCGCCGCGCCGAAGCUCCGUAGCGAGGCCUUCAUGUCUCCGUAUAAGAGCAUGGCGCGGCAGGGGCAGCAACCUCAGCAGCAGCAAGGUCCCAGGACGCCGGGGGUGAGUGUCCAGACUCCCGCUACGGCCAGGAAGACGCGCGACGUGUUUGCUGCUGGGUCAUCGGCCAAGGCUGGGGCUGGGGAUGAGGUCGAUAUCGAUUGGGAUAUUGGCGAGGAGGUGGACGACGAUGAUGUGGAUCUGUAUGCGGGGAUGAGUCCGCCUAAAACGAUACAGUUUGCUCUUCCCCCUUCGAGACUCAUACAGACACCUGCACGCGAGGCUAGCAGGAAGAUUGUCGAUGAUAUUCUGCUUGAUGCGGGCGCUGAUCCCGAGUCGAGCGAGUAUAGCCCCACCAUGGUAAAGAUGAAUGAUAAGCUCCUUGAUGAUACUUUUUAG